AUGGAUGCAUCUGAAAUACCCAAAAGUCAGAAGGUAAUGUUUUUGGAUAAGGAUUCUGAAACCAAUGCAACAACGUCUAUGAUGACAGCAAUGAUGGAGGACACACAAGACAACAGAAAUGUGACCGAAGUAGCUCUGGCUCUAGUUGAGGAUGCCAUCGCUGUUGCUGUUGAGUUUGUGGAAGAAGCUAGAAACCCCAUCAAAAACAUCAAGUGGAUUACUCAUGGUGAAUUCACUGUAGAAAAAGGCCGCAAACAAAUUGAGAAGUUUGUUUUGGUAAGUUAG